GUAGAUCUAUAGAUACGUUUCAGCAGUGAAUAUUUAAGUAUGAGUAGUGAAAAUCACGAGUGACACCUCAAAGGUUAAAAUGAGAAACAUGUUUUACGACAUUUUAUCACAUACCACAUGUCCUGUCAUCUGUAUAAGAUAUUAAAUUUUGUUCACUCCUAAAAGGACACUUAAAGCGAAAUAAUAUCUGUGUAAGCAGCAGCGACUCUCCCCACAAUCGAGUGCAAAACACGGAAAUGCUAAUUUGGGUUAAAUUGUAGUUGAGCGGAAGAAUACGAGGAACUGGUUCGUUUUGUUAUAAAUACGGUCGGUUAAAAAUAAUUUAUUUACAAGUGCCAUUAACGUGCCUAAAAUUGCGGUACACCGACACUCAACAAUAUCAUCCUUAUCAGAUUAAGAAGUGAGGGGUCAUAAUAUAUCUUAACCAAUCGCAAUGGAUGUAAAACUCUGUGCAUUAUUUUGUAUUUGGAUAAAUUGUUAUAUGGUAUGCUCGGCGGAAUAUCCCUAUUCUGCAAAUGGCGAAACUCCGGACCACUGGAAUAAACUAGCGGCUAGUGAACUCAAGAAGGCAAAACAGAUGAAGCCAAAUAUUGCAGUAGCUAAGAAUGUGAUUGUUUUUCUUGGAGAUGGUAUGGGAGUAUCAACUGUGACUGCAGCGAGAAUUCUGAAGGGUCAACUCAAAAAUAAAACAGGGGAAGAAGAAAUACUGAGCUUCGAAGAAUUUCCACAUGUUGGAUUGUCAAAGACAUAUAAUCAAGAUGCCCAGACUGCCGAUUCUGCCGGAACAGCUACUGCAUUUUUUAGCGGCGUCAAGACGAACUUAGGGACUAUAGGAUGUGACGCCCGGGCAAGAAGAGGGGAAUGCGCUUCCAUGGUGUCCGGCUCAAAGUUAAAAGGAAUUCUACAUUGGUCCUUGGAUGCAGUAACUGCAGUACUGAAAUCUUUUUUCACAGCUAAGUCGGUAGGUCUGGUUACAACAACACGGGUUACGCAUGCCACACCUGCGGCCCUUUACGCACAUACACCUGAACGGAACUGGGAAAACGAUGCCAAUUUUGACGAUGGUGCUGGAAACUGUACAGACAUCGCUUCACAGCUGAUUGACGAUAAUAUCGAUAUCCAGGUAAUCCUCGGAGGUGGUCGGGAGAAAUUUAUGAAAAACAACACAAAUGACCCCCAGAGUGGCCUACUUACGGGGGGACGCAGAGAUAACCGUGAUUUGAUACAGGAAUGGCAACAGAAACAGGCAGAUCUUGGAAGAAAAUAUAGAUAUGUCUGGAAUAUCACAGCAUUCAAAAAUAUUGAUCCUGCAAAGACAGAUUAUCUGUUUGGGUUAUUCAACAAAGAUCAUAUGAAGUACGAAAUAGAUAGAAAUAAAGAGGAACCAUCAUUGGCAGAAAUGACCGAAAAGGCAAUUCAAAUACUCAGUAGAAACGAAAAAGGAUUCUUUUUGUUUGUAGAAGGCGGACGGAUAGACCACGCCCAUCAUGACGCACAGGCAGUCAGAUCUCUACAUGAUACUUUAGCUUUUGCCGAAGCCGUCGAAAUGGGAGUUUCAAAGACGAGCAAGGAGGAUACCUUGAUUAUAACUACAGCUGAUCACUCGCACGUUUUUACUAUAGGCGGAUACCCGACCAGAGGAAAUCCUUUAUUUGGAUUUACCGAUGACCGAGAGGGUCAUAACAUGCUGGCAAUUGACAAUAAACCUUUUACAACACUGAGUUAUGCAAAUGGGCCAGGCGGGUAUGCAGAUGUAAAUGCAACUGUUAGACCUAACCUCACACUUGUUGAUACAGCCGACAAGGAUUUCAGAAUACAAUCUGGAGUAAAGCUUGAUUCAGAGACUCACGCCGGGGAGGAUGUUGCUAUUUAUGCACAAGGACCAAUGGCUCAUCUUUUCCAUGGCGUCCAUGAACAGAACUAUAUCGCCCAUGUAAUGGCGUAUGCAUCUUGUGUUGGCAGUUAUUCAUCUCAAGAUUCUUGCGCUGCAUCUGACGUUCAGGAAAUAAACUGUGGACUACUUUUAGAAUCAAACAUAGUAGUUUUAGUAUUUGCUUCUUUCAUCAAAUUGUUUGUAGGAUAAUUGACGAAACAUGUAACUAACAGAACGGACUGUUUUCCCUUGUAUCAUUGUUAACUCCAAGGAAAUACAUAAAAUUUAAAAACAAAGAACACUGUAUGAAUAUCCGCUAUCAUGUGCGGUACGGGCAAGUUCUUUCUCUUCAUAUAUUUUUUAUGAUUACCUAUGUGUAUAUCAAAACAUAUUUAAAUAAGAUUGUCCUCUAACAGGCUGUAUGGAACGCCGCAACUAUCUAAUGUCGAGAAAUGAUGUUAUCAUCAACUAUCCAUAGAUCACAGAUGGAAGUAAUAACACAACGUACCUAAGAUACAGCAUGGGUCAAUGAGUAAAAUAUGCUUAGAUAUAUUACAAUUAUGAUGAUUUCUGCGAAAUAAAGCCAAAAAGUCAUUUUUAUAACUUCUUCCUCUAUGACAAUGAAGCAUUAGAAAGGUGAAAAACGGUAUUUGGCAUGUACAUUGCUUCUAAGUCAACAUUUCUUAAAAAUAAAUAUUUUUUAUCAGUGAUUGGCCGUUUUUUGUGAGUAGAUAAAUCUUACUUCAAAGCCCAGCUACAAACAGUUCACGCACAACAAAAGCGUGCAAAGCGGUAGUUUUUUCUUUAUUCGAAUAUAUCUCACACAUUGUUCUUGCAUCAAAGCCUUCCUCCUGAAAACAUAAGCAUAUCGUCCAAGUAAACAAUGACCUUGCAAGCUGUCUGAACAGACUAAAUUCAAACAAACAGGUUCAGACCUACUUCAGUUUUUACAGGUUUGCUUCAUGCCCUACAUGCUUUAUAUUCGGGUAAGAUAAGAUUUCAUCGCUAUGUAUAAAAAGACGGAAAUUGUCUUCGCCAAUGGAAAGGUUCUUUACAUCUGCCGUUUAGUUAUUGAAUAUGGUAUGCGAAGAAACUUUGGGAAAGCAGAAGUGUUAGAUGGCAAACCUGCAAAUAACUGAGAUAAGCCAGCUGCGGCGUCCCAUAAAGUUCCAUUUAUAAAAUAUCAGUACUAUUUCGCUUGAAUUUAGAUUCCCAGGAAUACGAAUUUUUGUAGUAUUGUUCAGCUUAGUACCAGAAUGAUAAGAUGGCAGAUAUAGAACUUUAUGAUUUA